AUGCUCAAUCGCUUGCGUGGGACUUCUCUGUUACAGGGCUCGGUGCUAUCAAGGUAUGCGAGUCAUUCGGGCGUCAAGACCCUAAGGUGUCAGCGCCUUUUGGCUUCAAAUGUCAGAUCCCUUCACAACAGUUCAAUGCUGAGGCAAGAGAUCCAAAAAGAUCCCAAAAGGGGGUUUUUCACUGAUAGGUUUGGAAAAUUUGUUAGGUUCUCGAUUUUCACCACUGGUGUUUUAGUUUCAUCAGUGGGAAUCUCGUUGGUGGCAUUUUUUCUCUACGACGCUACCACGUACAAGGACAGCGAGAUCCCAGAUUUUAUAGAAGUACCGAAAACUGCUCUCUCGCCCGAACUAGGAGGCCCCGAAAACUUGCCAAUUUUGCGAGACAACUUGGAUGCCUACGACUCAGAAACUAAAGAAAAACUAUCUUAUAGACCUAAGUUGGUAGUGUUGGGCUCUGGAUGGGCAUCAGUCGGUGUCUUGAAAGCACUAGCACCUGGAGAAUAUGACGUAACGGUCGUUUCGCCCCAGAACUACUUUCUGUUCACUCCUCUCUUACCUUCAGCUGCGACCGGAACGCUUGAGCUUAAGUCUCUGAUGGCCUCGAUCAGAAAGCUUGUCAACACUGUGAGCGGUCAUUACUUAGAAGCUAAAGCCGAAAAAGUAGAAUUCGCUGAAAAACUUGUCAAGGUAUCGCAAUUCAAUGCUCAAACCGGAGAAAAGCGUUACUUUUAUGUUCCUUAUGAUAAACUGGUGAUUGCUGUGGGUUCUACCGCUAACACACACGGUGUUGAAGGUUUGGAAAAUUGUUCCAGGCUCAAGACAGCAGAGGAUGCGAUCGCUUUAAGGAGAAAAAUCAAGGACAAUCUAGAAAUCGCUUGUUUGCCCACCACCACUGACGAAGAACGCAAAAACAUUCUGAGCUUUGUCGUGUGCGGUGGUGGACCAACGGGUGUGGAGUUUGCCGCUGAGGUUUUCGACCUGAUGAACGAGGAUUUGCCUAAAAUUUACCCAAGAAUUUUGAGACAACAGGUAUCUGUCCACAUUAUACAAUCUAGGUCGAACAUCCUGAACACUUAUGACGAAACCAUUUCUGAGUAUGCGAUGCAAAGGUUCAAGAAGGACGAUAUAGACGUUUUGACCAAUUCUAGAGUGCACAAGAUUCUACCCGAUCGUGUACUUUUCACCCAAAAAAAUAAGGAGACUGGGGAGAACGAGCUGAAGGAGCUUCCUUUUGGAUUGUGCCUGUGGUCCACUGGAGUCGCCCAAAAUCCUUUGGCGAAGCAAGUCGUUCAGGACUUGUCCACGUUUCAAAGAAACAGAAGGGCUAUCGAAACCGAUUCCCACUUGCGUGUUCUCGGUGCUCCGUCUGGUGAAGUCUAUGCUAUCGGUGAUUGUGCUACGGUCAGAACAGACCUCGCAGAACACGCUGUUGAGUUUGUGAGGCAGUUUAUUGUAAAUAAACACCUGCAUCCUGCCAGAAGCAAAAUCAUCACCGAUGAUGACAUCAAGCACCUCUCCAUCUCCUAUGAAGAAAUUCAGGACUUGGCCAGAGAACUGGUCAAAAGACAUCCUCAAACAAGAGAGUUUCUAUACAAUGUGGAAGAAAUUUUGCCAAAAUACGAUGUCACCAGCUGUGGUACAUUGAACUUCAACCAGAUCACAGAGCUUCUGAGCGACGUCGAAAGCAAGGCCACUUCCAUGCCAGCCACCGCGCAAAGAGCUCAUCAACAGGGUAAAUAUAUCGGGAAGAAGCUCACCAAGGUUUCUAGGAGCUCAGAUACCGCUCGUGUGAACGAAGCUCCCCAGUUGAUCGCCGACGAAUCCGUCUACAAAGCCUUCAAGUAUGUGCAUCUCGGCUCGCUGGCCUACAUUGGUAACUCUGCCGUAUUUGACAUUCCUGGAUACUCUUUCGUUGGUGGACUGAUCGCCAUGUACCUGUGGAGAGGUAUUUACUUUGCUCAAACCGUCUCGCUACGCACAAGAGUUCUUCUUUUCAUGGACUGGCUCAAGAGAGGCUUCUUCGGGAGAGACAUUUUGACCGUUUGA